AAUGUCAAACCGAACCACCAUGACCGAGUUCCUUCUCAUGGGAUUUUCUGAAGUUCGGGAGCUGCAGAUUUUGCACUUUGUGGUGUUUCUAGUGAUUUACCUUGCAGCCCUGAUAGGGAAUCUACUUAUCUUCAUGGCCAUAGUCUUCGACCAUCACCUUCAAGCCCCAAUGUACUUCUUCCUGAUUAAUCUGUCCGUCUUAGACCUUGGCUCCAUCUCUGUCACUGUCCCCAAAUCCAUGGCCAAUUCCCUCAUGAAUACCAAGUCAAUUUCCUAUGCUGGAUGUGUUGCCCAAGUCUUUUUCUUCGUCUUCCUGGUGGGAGCGGAUUUUUCCCUUCUCACCAUUAUGGCAUAUGACCGAUAUGUCGCCAUCUGCCAACCAUUACACUAUGAGAGAAUGAUGAACAUCAGAGCUUGUGUCAAAAUGGCAGCCGGUGCCUGGAUCAGUGGGAUUCUCUACUCUGUGCUACACACCGGGAACACAUUUGCAUUGACCUUCUGUGGAGGCAACAUGGUGGAUCAAUUCUUUUGUGAGAUCCCCCAGCUAAUCAAGCUUGCCUGCUCUGACUCAUAUCUCAGUGAAGUUGGGGUUCUUGCAUUUAGUGUGUGUUUAGUCUUAGGCUGCUUUGUUUUUAUCAUUUUGUCGUAUGUUCGGAUCAUCAAAUCAGUUCUCAGAAUCCCCUCUGAGCAGGGCCGGAAUAAAGCCUUCUCCACCUGCCUUCCUCACCUCACUGUGGUCUCCUUGUUUGUUUGCACUGGCAUCUUUGCAUACCUGAAACCCAUCUCCAGUUCCCCAUCUGCUCUGGAUCUUGUGGUGGCUGUUCUAUAUUCUGUAUUGCCACCAAUCAUGAAUCCAAUUAUCUACAGUAUGAGGAACAGGGACAUCAAAGCUGCCCUGAGGAGACUGACUGGGUACAGAUAAUUCACUAAGAAUUAAUUUUCUGUCUUUCUCUAACUAGAGUUUGCUUAUGUAGUAUCUGUUCAUUAAUGUCAUUUAUUUCCAUGACCACACAGCUUGCACACAGCCAGGUCUGAUUUUGACCUCAAUUGCACCAAUGCAAAUCCAGAUUUACUCCGCUCUUGCCAUUGCCACUGGAGUGAUUUACACCAGUAGAAAAUCUGGGGCAGUUGUGGUAUAAAUGGGUGUAAAUUUUGUGCAAGAGAGGAAUCAGACUUUCAUUCUGUGCCAAAACAAUGCCUGUUACACUAUUUGGUCACUUGCACCCGUUCCAUGGCCAGUGAAAACAAUGAUGGGUGUUGUCUUGCUUGUGUGUAUAAAUCAGGAGU